AUGGCAUCGGCAAAGUCCCCAGUGAUUCUCGUCGUUCCGGGUGCCUUCGGCACUCCGUCGGGAUUCGACAAGCUCCUCCCAUAUCUCAAAGAUGCUGGGCUAUCAACCCAUCCGGGUGCAUACCCAAGUUGCAAUCCCGCUAGCCCAUCCACAGCAACCUGUCUAGGUGAUAUCACUUCACUUCGUGACAAUGUUCUCCUCCCUCUAAUAAAACAAUCAAAGGAUGUUGUCGUCCUUGCCCACUCCUAUGGUGGUGUUGUCGGUGGUGCCGCUGCAAAGGGUCUUGAUAAGAAGACCCGGCGGGCCCAAGGCCUGUCUGGCUCUGUCAUCGGGCUGAUCUACGUGGCGGGCAACAUCACUUUGGAGGGAGAAUCCCUCCUUGAGGCAGUAGGUGGGGCUUACCCUCCCUUCAUCAAGACAAGCAAACCGUCUAAGGGUCUCGCUCUUAUCGAGCCUGCCAUGGAAGUUCUGUAUAACGACUGUGAUCCUUCUCUCGCCCCCGAGUUAGAAGCAUCAAUGCAGCCCCACGCCCACCUGGCCUUUGAGACGAAGCCCACAGCCCCAGGCUGGGCUGACGAUGGCUUUGACGGGAGGAGGACCUAUGUGCGCACCACUGAAGAUUGUUGCAACCCGGCUUUCCUGCAAGACCAGUGGCUUGAAAAGUCCAAGGUCAAAUGGGAUGUGGUCGACUUCAAAACGGGUCACAUGCCGUUCAUUAGCCAGCCUCAAGCCCUGGCUGAGCAGAUUAUCAAGUCAACCAAGGGAUUCACUGAAUUGUAA